UUGAAACGAAGAAUGAACACUUAUUAUCGUUUAGGCCUGCGUCCAAUAUUUAGAAUAUUUCAAUAUAUAGGUAUAUGCUUCUUGUUUCAAGCUGUAAAAGGUUAUUCUACAUGUCAACCAGAUUUUAGGACAGCUUCAGCAGAAAACAGAAAAUUCACUAUUGGUUUCAUGGAGAAUGCAGAAAAGAAUCUUCCGCUGACUCUUACAUUCGUUCUUAUAGGAAAUGCCGAGGAAAAACACGACUUACUACCUAAUAUUGUAAACAUUACGUCAUCAUUAUUUGAAAUUUCUGUCAUACAACAUGAAGCAACAGAAACCGUCUAUCUUCCUAGCAGUCUGGUGAUAUCCGGUAGUCGUUUGGGAUUUAUUGGCAUUGAAAUCAGUUCAAGUGCUGAGAUCCGUGUGUUCGGCAUAAACACUGCAAGUUCACGAUAUUUAGACGGGUUUCUUGCUUUACCAAUUGAAAAAUUAGGGUGUCAAUAUUACGUCGCUUCAUACACUAGAUCUCAGGUUUUAAUAGUUGGUAUCGAAAAUAACACAAGCUUGAGCGUGCUUAUUAAGGCUGAGGUUAUGUUUGACAAUAAGCAAAUUCAUGCCGGUCAGUUUGUGAACCUAACAUUACGACGAUUUCAAGCAGCGCAGCUUCAGAGUGAGUUGGAUUUGUCGGGAAGUUUAAUAACAUCUUCAAAACCGAUAACCGUAAUGGCUGGAAGCAUGUGUGCGACCUUAUCAAGCAAUGGACUGCAUUGUAAUCAUCUCGUGGAGCAGUUGCCACCACUAGAAAGCUGGGGAUCAACGUUUAUACUCACGUCAUCCCAAAUAUCUAGAAGUAGUGACUUGUUUCGUAUAUUCUCUAAAGAAAACAAUACAGUUGUUACCAUAAUCACCAUAACAACAUCGCAUCAUACAACAAACCUUACGAUCGAUGAAGGCCAAUUUCAUGAGAUUUUUCUUAGCGGCUCAGAACAUGCAUGGAUAGAGACAUUCGAGAGAAUUAUGGUGGUGCAAUACAGAGGUUACUUUAUGGAGGCCUCAGGAUUGGGUGGACCGUCUAUGUGUGUACAAGCAGCUCUUGAAACUUUCGACAGUAGCCCCGUAACACUCUCAAUCUUUGACGUAACAACAGACGGCGUGAAUCGCUUUCGGAACAGUAUUGCAGUUUUCACGCUAUAG